CACUCCGCACUCCACCAUAAGCACCGCGUUUCGUGUCUCCUUCGGUCCUACAUUUGACGGACGGCGUUUACCACUCAUUUCUCUCUUUUUUCCUUCCCCUUUCCCUUUUUCCUCUAUCCAAUCUUCCCGGCAAAAACCCUAUAAUACCCAAUUUCUGCAAUUUUCUCCGAUUUCCGCCGCUGCUAUAAUACUAAUACAUGGAUCGAGCUGAAUCCGGCAAUGCAUCGAUUGCCAGGAUUCUUUGCUCACAAGAAGCGCGUCGAUUCUAAGCAUAAACGCGCCGAAUCCUCUGUCAAGCCGAAGCCGAAGCUACAGAGGCUGAACGCUAGGAAGAAUAUCGACUACGAACCUUCUAUGCUUGAGUUCAGCGGGGAUAAGAGCUUUCGAAUCGAAGGAAAAAAUGGUGAGUUUAUUGAAUUUUUUGAAAAGUUGGGAUUUUCUGGUCCUGAUGAUUUCGCUAUCCCUACGGAUGAAUGGGAUGCUAUGAUUGUGCGCUCCUCUUUGGAUAGUCAUGUGAUUGAUGUUAAUAGUAACGGCAGUUGUUGUGGAGGGGGAGGUAGUCAGUGUUCGGGUUCUGGAAGGGUGAUUGAUCUAGGUAGUAAGUUAAUUAAGGAGGAUAUUUGUCGAUAUUCGGAUAGUUCUAAAGCUAGUGAUGUAAUUCAGCUGCAAGUUCAGUCAGUCGAGUUAAAUUAUGACAGAGGUGGAGUUGUUUGUGCUGCUAGAGUGAUUAGUGAUGUGUCUGGAGCGGAUACUAGAUUAGAUGAUGGUGUUACAGUGAACGGAGUUGUUUCGAAUGGAAAUGAACCUGUAAGUUUACUUGGAGGUGGUGGUGGAGGAGGGAUCAGGGGUUUAAGGCCGCCUCUUCUUGCUCCUCCACCGGUCAUGUCACUGCCAAUUGUUGAUGAUGCAUGCUCUACUUGGGAUAUUUUUAGGGCAUUUGGCCCUGAAGAUCAUAGGGAAUCAGGAAUCGCGGGUCAUGGGAUUUGUAGAUCUGAGGUUGUCAAUGGAGAUGAAGAAUAUAUGAAGGAUGAGGAGGAUGAGGAGAACAGUAAUAGGAGGAUAUUAGGAGUGAGUAGCUUACUAUCUCUGUCCAGUUCUUUCACCAAUACUUCAAAUGAUGACGAUUCUUCCAGCUGCACGACAGAGCGUAUGUCAAUCAUCUCACCGAAUGGGAGAUUCACACGCUUCAUUACAGGAUGGGACAAGGGAGGUCUCCUAGGACGUGGAUCAUUUGGAUCCGUCUAUGAAGGAAUUUCACAUGAUGGUUUCUUUUUUGCCGUGAAGGAAGUGUCAUUACUUGAUCAAGGUGAUGGGGGAAGACAAAGUCUAUACCAACUUGAGCAGGAGAUUGAACUUCUAAGACAGUUCGAACACGAGAACAUAGUCCAAUAUUAUGGAACUGACAAGAAUGAUUCGAAAUUGUACAUCUUUCUUGAGCUGGUUACACAAGGAUCUCUGUUGAAUCUUUACCAGAAAUAUCACCUUCGAGAUUCGCAAGUAUCUGCCUACACAAGACAGAUUUUACAUGGUUUGAAGUAUUUGCAUGACCGAAAUGUGGUUCACAGAGAUAUUAAAUGCGCUAAUAUAUUGGUGCAUGCUAAUGGAUCAGUCAAGCUUGCUGAUUUUGGCCUUGCAAAGGCUACGAAGUUGAAUGAUGUCAAGUCUUUCAAGGGUACUGCACUCUGGAUGGCUCCUGAGGUUGUGAACAGGAAGAACCCAGGUUAUGGACUUGCAGCUGAUAUAUGGAGCCUUGGCUGCACUGUCCUAGAGAUGCUUACUCGCCAGUUUCCUUAUUCCCACUUAGAAAAUCCAAUGCAGGUACUGUUUCAGAUUGGGAAGGGGGAACCUCCAGCUGUGCCUAAUACCCUUUCGGAAGAUGCACGCAAUUUCAUUAACCACUGUCUGCAAGUGGAUCCAAGUGCCCGUCCAACUGCUACUCAGCUCUUGGAGCAUCCGUUUGUGAAACAAACACUUCCCUCUUCCUCGGGCUCAGCUUCACCUCUCAAUCUAGGCAGGAGGCUUUGAAAUCUUGUUCUCUGUUCUUCCUUAUUGGAUCCUCAAAAUUUUGAAGUGGGUUUAAAUGGAUGCGUGUCCUAGAAUCUGUAUUCGAACACUGAGUUCAGACAUUUGAUGUUUUUGAAACCACAUCGAGAGCUGUUCGCAAUCGUGGUCAAUGCCUUUGCUGCAGUGUAAUUUUGUGCCCCCAACCCCCUCGGUUCUUUCCUCUUCCCGAUGCCUCUCUCCCACUCCACCAUGGAAGGAAAGAAGAGGUCGGGGUAUUGUGUUGUAUAUGUAGUUUAAUUCAUAGUUGAGUGCUUGAGCUGGUAUGGGAUGUAAAGAUAGAGAACCCAUUUGAAAUGUAUAUAUCACUAGAAGAGCCCCAUUUGUUGCUUC